CAUCAUUGCGAGGCUCAUUGUGGUACCUAUGACCUAUUGCAAGACGACUAUGGCGUUCUUACACUUUAUUCAGGACGCCGAUGACAUAAUUGCAUGGGCAAUAGCGUUGGACUUCAUCGCUGGAAAACUAUACGCCAGCUCGUUUCUAGCAUCGUCGAAUACUCGGCAGCAUCUUCGAUCCCGGGGUUCCGAGUCACAUGAACCCGUCAAUGUUGUUCAUUUUGCGAAACCGCCAAAGCUUCUGGAGAAUGGAGGGAGUUCAAAAGAUGGAGAAAGGCAUUCAGCAUCGCGAAGAGAGGGAGAGGUGUGAUUCUGGUAGUUUCAUCCUGCAUUCACUAUCAUAUUUCGGGUAUGACUGGAUAUAUGUUCCAGAAGCCUUCUGGGCACUCUGGACACUUCGCUAUAAGUGUAUUAGUAGACAAUCGUGUAUACAGGUAAUUUAUAGCUCCCCGAGGAUCUGGGACCAUACAUCACGG